UAAGAUUUUUCUCUUCACUCGAUCUGAACACACAAGAGGCCGCCUCCUUCUCUCUCAUUUUUCCCUUCUCCUCCCGCCGUACUGUGAGCCUGUGACACCGAGAUGCUGUGACGGUGAGACGCCCAGAAGCCUGGACGGUGAGGACUGCUCACUUUCUCUCUCUCCUCACUUCACCUGCACGUCUGCACAGCUCCUCGGCUCCUCUUUCUUUCUCCCUCACAGAUCUUUCUGCCAUGUCCGCCAACGCCAAGACCUCUCUCUCUCUCUGUUCACUUCACUUCACCUGCAACCUAAUCAGUCUCAGCCUUCAAUUCAUCAAUUGUUCCCAAACUCGAUCUGAACCUUCAGUUAGCAUACUCGAUCUGAACCUUGAGUUCCCAAACUCGAUUUGAACCUUCAGGUUCCAUUGGACGAAUGACCACUAUGGGUGUAUAUGUGCGUGACUUGCUACUUGGGCAGAGUUAAGGUUCUGGUUUGAUUUUGGGAAGCUUCAAAUGGGUGGAACUGGAGUUGUGAACUGAAGUUCGAACUACAGGUCGGUCUUCUUGUGGGAUAUAGCGUGUGACCUCAUUGCUAUAUGUUAAUCACGUUAUCUUCUGUAGUGGAUGUGACCUCAUUGCUAUAUUCAUUUGAUUUUUAGUGACUGCAAAUAUGCCUGUGAGUUGUGGUUUCUGGAAAUGGAUUACUCCGCCGUUUCUCGAUGAAUAAAUGGACCUUAAAGCCCAAACCUGACAAGGCGCCCAACAACCCAAUCGAACAAAACCCAACUCAUGCUAAUGGCCUGGUGACUUUCAUUUCUUUCUUUUCCACUUCCUUUUUCACCUCUGCCUUUCAAAACGCCUGAAAGCUUUGAAUGCGCUAGUUCCCCCAUUCCUAUUCCUAUAUCUUUUGAUACAAACCAAGAGCUACUCUAAUCGAAAACCAGGUUCCCACGCUACAUAUUUCUUCUUUUAACAAAUCUUUGUUGCUGUACUCACCAUUUUUUGCCUUCCUCCUCAAGAGUCUCACGAAGUCAAAAUAUCAAAGAACAUAUGACUUUCUUGGCGACCCAAUGUGUCAUCGCCUCAAUCCCAACACACCCAGUUUCUAAUCAUCAGCCCAAACGGUGCCUCGCCCAGAGAAUCCCAGUUGUUAAAACCCAACAGUCGAGCUUUCCAACUACUCGGGAAUCGAGAAGAGAGUCUGAGUGUGAGUGCUUCAAUCUGUACAAGGAGCUAGUUCCUUACCGGCAAGCUUGGUCUUGGCAGAAGAGCAUUGUCAAGGAGAAAAAGGCUCUGAUUGAAAGGAAUCAGGACUGCCCGGACUCGCUGUUUGUUCUUCAGCAUCCUCCUGUUUAUACAAUGGGCACCGGUACCUCAGAAAAGUUCCUCAAUUUUGACCUCAAGGAUGCUCCAUUUGAUGUUCAUCGGACCGAACGCGGCGGCGAGGUUACAUAUCACGGUCCUGGUCAGAUAGUAAUGUACCCCAUUAUGAAUCUCCGAAAUCACAAAAUGGAUCUUCAUUGGUACCUCAGGUCACUUGAGGAGGUGAUCAUUCGCGCUCUUUCAAAGACAUUUUCGAUCAAGGCAUCUCAACUUGAGGGCUUAACUGGUGUUUGGCAUGGAAACCAGAAACUGGCAGCCAUUGGUAUACGAGUGUCUCAGUGGAUAGCUUAUCACGGUUUGGCACUGAACGUAACCACAGAUUUAACUCCUUUUCGUUGGAUAGUACCGUGUGGUUUACAAAACUAUCAGGUUGGAAGCAUUAGAGGGUUGUUGGGGGAGUUUGAGUCAUUUGACAAUAGUAGUAGAAAACAGCUACCAGAUCCUGAUGAUGGCCAGCUACUUGAUAUUGCUUGUAAAUCUUUGAUCAAUGAGUUUUCAGAAGUUUUUCAGGUUGGAAUCAAUUAUGAAACCAUCUCGAGGUUAGAGUUUUUAGAAAGUGAACCGGUAAAGCCUCUAAAAGAGGAAGUAAUUUAGUUGUGGGGUUCAGGUCAACAUUUCUAAUUGCUGGUGUGAAACAGAUCUUAACACUCUUGAACAUUUUCAUUUCCAAUC